CAGCCCGACUGAAAAAGAAAAGCCUGUUGGAGCCUCUGUGCUUGGAGCUUAUCGCAGGAAACACGCUUCUAAAGUCCCUACGGACUUGCUCCUGCCAGUGUCCAUGUAGCCAGCUGUUACACAAACACCUUUGCGUUUAAGGGAUGUGGGAUUGGUAUCCCUCCUGGUGAAAGAUGGAAAAGUUCCACCGGUUGGAGUGCCAACUGGAUCCACAAGGAUGACCCCGGGAGAAAUGAAAUGUAGAUGAUAGCGUGAACCAGGAGAAUUCAAAGCUUUGGCCAACAUAACCUCACAGUGAGCCAAAAAGAAACCUGUUCUAGUUGGAUACACUCGCUCACAUUCCUUCCCGAUCAGUCGCUGCAAUGCUGAUGCCAGGACCACUGUGGGCCUGCCUGGCUUUGAUAUGGGUGGGAAGCUCCAGUGCCCACAGCUUGUUUACAUGCGAGCCCAUCAAAGUGUAUCGGUGCCUGGGGAUGCCUUACAACAUGACCUUCUUUCCCAACAUGAUGGAGCACUAUGACCAGGACAUGGCAGCUAGUGAGAUGGAGCCAUUCAUGCCCCUGGCAACCCUGCGCUGCUCUCCAGACGUCCACCACUUCCUCUGCCAAGCAUUUCUCCCACAAUGCACCGAGGAGAACACGGUGAUCCGUCCAUGCAGAGAGGAGUGCAAGACUGUUCUGUCGGACUGUGAGGAGAAUAUCCGAGUCUUCGGCAUCACUUGGCCGCCUGAGCUCCAGUGUGACAAAUUGGAGUCAUGUAGCCUUUCUGAUGGCUCUGAAAUUCCUACAACCACCGCAAUGAGCUCCUCAUCAGCUAAGAGGGACCUUGGCUUCUGGUGCCCGCUGCAGCUGAAGACCAAACCAGGCCAUGGAUCAUCAUUUCUGGGCGCACAGGACUGUGCUCCACCUUGCUCCAACAUGUACUUUAAACCUCACGACAUUGAAUUUGCAAAAAGCUUCAUCGGCGUGUGCUCCAUCAUCUGCUUGGGCGCCACACUCUUCACCUUUCUCACUUUCCUCAUCGACGUAAAACGAUUCCGCUACCCAGAGCGCCCGAUCAUCUUUUACGCCGUCUGCUACAGCUUCGUCUCACUCAUAUACUUCAUCGGUUUCCUGCUGGGGAACAACGCGGCCUGCACCAAAGCAACACAUCCUAGUGGAGUGGAUACAGUGGUGCUGGGCUCUCAGAGCAAAGGCUGCACUCUGCUUUUUAUGCUGCUCUACUUCUUCUCCAUUGCUGGAAUUGUGUGGUGGGUCAUACUCACCAUCACCUGGUUUCUGGCAGCCGGACCCAAGUGGAGCUGUGAGGCCAUCGAGAAGAAAGCGGUGUGGUUCCACUCUGCUGCCUGGGGGAUCCCCGGGGUGCUAACAGUCAUGCUGCUGGCUCUGAAUAAGGUUGAAGGGGACAACAUCAGUGGAGUCUGUUUUGUGGGGCUCUAUGACCUGGACGCUCUGCGCUACUUUGUUCUGGCUCCUCUGAGCGUGGGCGUUGUCGUUGGCCUCUGCCUAAUCCUUGCAGGCAUAGUUUCUCUAAACCAUGUCCGGCAGGUCAUCCAGCACGACGAGCGAAACCAGGAGAAGCUGAAGAAGUUCAUGAUACGGAUCGGCAUAUUUAGCGGCCUCUACCUGGUCCCACUGGUCACUCUGUUAGCCUGCUACACCUACGAGCAGAGCCACCGCAGCACCUGGGACAAUACUUGGAUCAACGACCGCUGUCAGGAAUACAGCAUCCCCUGCUCACAUAAGACAACAGAGCUGGACCGUCCUGACCUCUCCUUGUUCCUGGUGAAAUACUUAAUGACACUGGUGGUUGGAAUAUCUGCAGUGUUCUGGGUGAGCAGCAAGAAAACCUGCUCUGAGUGGGCCUACUUCUUCAACAGGACCCGCAAGAGAGAUCCCAUCAGCGAGAGCCGCAGAGUGCUACAGGAGUCCUGCGAGUUCUUCCUCAAGCACAACAGUCGCGUCCAGCACAAGAAGAAGCACUACAAGCCCAGCUCCCACAAGCUCAAGGUCAUCUCCAAGUCAAUGGGCACGAGCACUGGGGCUGUACCCACCAAUGUUUCCACGGCUGCCACCACAACCAAUCAAGGAAUCUCUAAUCAUGAGCCCUACAGGCAAGGUUCUCUGUCUGAGGCCUCAGCGAGGGAACACCUGGACAGAGGUGCCUCCAGCAGGAGCUCCAGGAGGGGGGAGAGGGAGAGAGACAGGGAGAGGGAAGGGGGAGAGAGACGUAGCAAAGGGGGGAGCUCCAGUAAGAUUAGCAGCCGCUCAGAAAGCGUACACCGAGUUCACGAAGGAAGGAUGACUCCAAGGAGCGAGCUGUCAGAGGUCAGGCAGGUCCCAAACGUACAGCAGCAUCCAGCUUUAAACCGGUCACACAGCAGCAUCAUCCAGGACACCUCCCACCAGCCGGUGCACCAGGUCCCAGAGGAGAGCAAGGCCACACAGGACAGCAGCUGCUGAUACUACUGACCACCCCAAACCUAAAUAUGCAACCAUCCAUCCAUCUCUGAAACCGCUCAAACCACUGUUACAUUUCACGCUGUUGAAUCUGCCUGUUUCAAACAUAUUUAUGUCAAACAUCUUAUAAUGAUGAUGAUGAUGAUGAUGAUGAUGAUUGUGUUGUCAGACUGUGGCCAGUGAAUGUUUAUCCAUACCUCAGUUAUUUAGAAGGUGGUAUGUUGGGAGCAGAAUCUGUGGGUUCUCCCCUGAAAGCCUUCAGAUUUUGUAUCAUAAGGUGUCAAAUGUGACUUUUAGCUUUACUCAGCUUUUAGCCUUUGAGUAUAUACUGUGUAAGUAUAUGCUGCACUAUCUUUAGAUUUAUUCCUCUUGUAUAUCCGACAAUGGUCAUUUAAUUUUGUAGCAUGCAUAAAGAACUUUGGACUGUUUUUUUUUUUUACAUUUUCAACUUAAUGUCUUAGGAUACAUACUAGGAAACAUGCUUUAUUUAUGUAAAUAUUCUAUUAUAAGUGAAUGUUUUUUGAGAAAUUAAGUCUUUCACUGGACUAGUCUUUACACUGAGUUGCCAAACAUUAAACUUACAGAUCUUAUGAAUGUCUUACUCUUCUACUUGGAUAGGUCAUUUGUCACUCCACACUCAUAAGGUGCUACUUGACUGCUCCUAAAAAAAAACUGCACAUACUUUAAAAUUGGAUCUUGAAUGUUGAAUUUGUGAUUCCAUAUGCAGAAAGCUGUACUUUUACUCGUGUCAGUAGUUGAUCCUCUUCAGCUGACUUCAAAGAGCCUGCAGAUGGUCUGCAUGUGUGAUGCCAACACCUGUUAUUGGUGUAAAUUCCUUUGCUGUCAGGAAACAAAUCAGAAAGGCUUUGCACUAUUUGUCAUUAGAAGCACAAACAUACAAUUAUUAAGUAUGAAAAGUUAUAGAAAAACACAAAAAUGAACAUUUGAGGCUUUGUUCAGGAAUAAUCUAUAACAUGUAUCCCUCAAAUAGUUCCAGAACAGCUUGCUGGAUUCAUUAAAGAGCUGUUACGCUGCAUGGAUUGCUCUGCUAUGUUGGACCUGAUCUGUCCUUGUGAUCUUUAUGUUUUGUAUUUGGGGUCUUGGGACAAUUCCAAUCCUGCUUGAUAUAAGGGAAACACUGUCAGUAUGUUUUUAGUUGUGCAUUAUUAUUAUUAUAAUAAUGCAUUUUUAUACUGCUUUUUUUUAUUUUUGGUAGAUAGACAUGGGUCUUUCUUAUGAUUUAGAUCUAGACUAAGUGUCCUCUUGUAGAUUCUUUUUACUGCUUUGAACCGUUUUUUAUAUUGUUGCCUAUCUUGUCAACCAAGUUUUGUAUCAAUCCAAUUAAUUAAAGAAGAGAAUAAACUGAA